AUGAGUCGCCUCUACACUUUUGUCUUGCCUUCACUCGUCAUGAAUCUCAUUUUUUGUGCGCGAUUAUGCAAUUCACGAAGAGUAUUUUAUGACCAUAUGCAACCUCUAAAAUCAACUGAAUUGGUCUCACCAAGUCAUCUUUUUGCAAAAGCUUCUAUCCUUGCCCCUGACAAUUCUAGGUGCACCUUGGAUAGCGGUCUUUCUGAUUGUGAGAACAAAAAUCCUCAUUUUUCUCAUCCUAAUAUCCUGAAUGCGCAUGAUCUUGAUCAUUAUCACAUCGAGUUAUCGAAAACUGCAGCACGAAACCCGCCUAAUGAUCCUUUGGAGAGGGGUCCUGUCCCUCCAUCUGACUCUUCAGGUUGCACAUACAUUCCCGGUGGUGGAGGCCCAGACUGUAAUUAUGCGCCUCCGCGACAUUACAUCUCUGACACAUAUGGUCUUCAACUUGGAAGAGUAUUUUAUGACCAUAUGAAACCUCUAAAAUCAACUGAAUUUGUCUCACCAAGUAAUCUUUUUGCAAAAGGUUCUAUCCCUGUCCCUGACAAUUCUAGGUGCACCUUGGAUAGCGGCCUUUCUGAUUGUGAGAACAAAAAUCCUCAAUUUUCUCAUUCUAAUAUCCUGAAUGCGCAAGAUCUUGAUCAUUAUCACAUCGAGUUAUCGAAAAAUGCAGCACGAAACCCGCCUAUUGAUCCUUUGGAGAGGGGUCCUGUCCCUCCAUCUGACUAUUCAGGCUGCACAUACAUUCCCGGUGGUGGGGGCCCAGACUGUAAUUAUGCGCCUCCAUGA